UUGGUGAUCGUCGAGAAUGGUCAAGUAGACACUUCUACAGUGAUACCGCUCAUAGAUGGUGGUACCGAAGGUUUUAAGGGAAACGCAAGAGUAAUCUACCCGCGGUUAUCUGCUUGCAUCGACUGCACUUUGAAUCUGUUCCCUCCUCAGGUAAACUUCCCUUUGUGCACCAUCGCACAUACCCCAAGGUUACCAGAACACUGCGUUGAGUACGUGAAGGUGAUACAGUGGGUGGAGGAAGCUCCUUUUAAUGGAGCUGCGCUGGAUGCUGAUGAUCCCUCGCAUGUAGACUGGGUUUUGCAGAAAGCACUUGCACGAGCAAAGGAAUACGACAUAAAGGGUGUCGACCGACGUUUGACGCAUGGCGUGUUGAAAAGAAUCAUCCCAGCCGUUGCAUCCACAAACGCUGUGAUAGCAGCAUCAUGUGCCCUGGAAGCCAUAAAAUUAGCGACGAACACUGCCAAACCUAUCGACAACUACCUUAACUUCACCGAUAUUGAAGGUGUCUAUUGCGGAGUAGUACAAAUGGAGCGAGAUGUGAGCCUCUAUGUUGAAGCGCUUUACCGAGUAUCUUUACAUUCCAUUUUAGCCAGAUUGCCCAACAUGCAGUAG